AUAUAAGCACUUGUCGCCGCGCCUUGUGUCCUCACUCCUCAUCCUUCACACCGAUCGAUCACAUUCAGACUUCAGCAAAUUCAGUUGAUCUGUACUUAAGUUAGUACCUCGAUCGUACGUAGGCAUGGCUUCUCACGGCUGCUUCUUUGUGGCGAUGAUGGCGAUUGCUAUGCUGGCCACGGCGAGCAAUGGCCAGCCGCUGGUUCCUCACUUCUACGACAAGGUGUGUCCGGCGGCGCUCCCAGCCAUCAAGAAGGUCGUCGAGGAGGCUGUCGCGGCGGAGCCGCGCAUGGGCGCCUCGCUCCUGCGCCUGCACUUCCAUGACUGCUUCGUCAACGGGUGCGAUGGGUCCAUCCUGCUGGACGACACGCCCUUCUUCACCGGCGAGAAGAACGCCGCGCCCAACGCCAACUCCGUCCGCGGCUUCGAAGUGAUCGACCGCAUCAAGGUCGCCGUCGACGCCGCGUGCAAGGGAAACGUGGUGUCCUGCGCCGACGUCGUGGCCGUCGCAGCGCGAGACUCCGUCGUCGCGCUCGGAGGGCCGUCGUACGAGGUGCCACUGGGCCGGAGGGACGCUCGGACAGCGAGCCAGGCGGCGGCGAACAACAGCAUCCCGGCGCCGACCUUCGACCUCGGCCGCCUCGUCUCCAACUUCGCCGAGCACGGCCUCACCGCGCAGGACCUCGUCGUGCUGUCCGGCGCCCACACGCUGGGCUUCUCCCGCUGCACAAACUUCCGCGACCGCCUCUACAACGAGAGCGCCACCCUGGACGCCUCCCUCGCCGCGCAGCUCAGGGGUCGCUGUCCGCGUGCCGACGGCGACGGCGACGACAACCUCGCGCCGCUCGACCCGACACCCGCGCGGUUCGACGGCGGGUACUACGCCUCGCUGCUGCGCAGCGGGGGUGUGCUGCACUCGGACCACCAGCUGCUCGCCGGACCCACCGACGGGCUCGUCAGGCUCUACGGCGCCGACCACGAGGCGUUCAGGAGGGACUUCGCGGUGGCCAUGGUGAGGAUGGGCAGCCUGAGCCCGCUCACCGGGAGCAGCGGCGAGAUCCGCGCCAACUGCAGGAAAGUCAACUACUAGCUUGCAUGCGUCAAUUCUCAGUGGCUCGCUCGCGCGCGACCGUGGUUAGCACUUGGCCGUUGAAUUUGCUGUGUCUGUCAAAUCGACUGUCUUUUUUUUUUUUUGAAGCAUUUAGCAUUUGUUGGAUUCUUGGGCUAUAGCAUUUCAUUUGAUUACGUUUGUGGGGAUUUUGUAAGUGGAAACAAUGUUCCGUUUAUUUAUGCUUAUUACGUACGUUGUACAGUUUAUUUCACUCGGAUGUGAA